AGGUGCAGCAAGACUGCCCAGUGUCCAGUGGUGGGAGAAGCAAGGUCCAGCGGUGACCUCUUCUCCACAAGCCAUGCUCAGGCCCCAGCUGCUGCUCCUCCUGUCCUUCGGGGAGGCCCUGCUCAGCACUGGUCUGAACGACUCCUCUGUGCACCCAGGACUCAGGAGGCCGAAGGACUUCCCACCGACAGCUCCAGGCAGGGGCUGGUGCUCCACAUGGGGAACCAGCCACUUCUCCACCUUUGACGGCCACACGUACGACUUCUCGGGGACCUGCAACUACAUCUUCGCGGCUACCUGCAAGGACGCCUCAUCCACCUUCAGUGUCCAGUUACGGCGAGGACCCGACGGGAGCAUCUCCCGGGUCAUUGUGGAACUAGGAACCUCUGUGGUUACCGUGCAGAAGAUGGUCAUUUCCAUCAAGGACGUGGGGGUCAUCACCCUGCCCUACACCAGCAAUGGCCUUCAGAUCACACCCUUCGGCCAGAGCAUGCAGCUGGUGGCCAAGCAGUUGGAAUUGGAGCUGGUGGUCAUGUGGGGCCCGGGAGACCACCUCAUGGUGCUGGUGGAGAGGAGGCUGGCAGGCAAGCUGUGUGGGCUCUGUGGGGAUUUUGAUGGCCAACCCACCAAUGAGUUUCUGCAAGACGGCAAACUCCUGGAACCCCACAAGUAUGCCGCCCUCCAGAAGCUGGAUGACCCCAACGAGAUCUGUGCCUACGAGGCCAUUCCUGGCACCAGAGUCCUACACACAGAGCAUGCUCGGACCUGCUCACGGCUGCUGACCCUGGUGUCCCCUGAGUGCAGCGUGCCCAGGGAGCCAUUCCUGCUGGGCUGCCAGGCGGACAUGGCCACAUGCGCCCAUCCAGGCCAGUGGAACUGCAGCUGCGCCACACUGUCCGAGUACUCACGCCAGUGCAGCAUGGCCAGCCAGCCUGUCCGCAGCUGGCGGGGCCCCAGCCUCUGCUCUGUGGGCCGGUGCCCAGCAAACCAGGUGUACCAGGAGUGCGGUGAGGCCUGCACCAGGACCUGCUCCAACCCGCAGCACAGCUGUGCCAGCUUCUGCACCUUUGGCUGCUUCUGCCCAGAAGGUAUGGUUCUUGAUGACAUCUCCAAGAACCACACCUGCGUGCCGGUCACCCAGUGCCCCUGCACACUCAACGGGGUGGUCUACCCACCUGGGGAGGUCACAACAGCCGCCUGCCGGACCUGCCGGUGCACCAUGGGCCACUGGACAUGCACGAAUCGGCCCUGCCCCCGGCGCUGCUCCCUGGAAGGUGGAUCCUUCGUCACCACAUUCGAUGCCAGACACUACCGCUUCCAUGGCACCUGCACCUACGUCCUCCUCCAGAGCCUGCAGCUCCCCGACAGGGCCUCCCUCAUGGCUGUGUACGACAAGUCUGGGUACUCUCACUCGGAGACCUCCUUGGUUGCUGUCAUCUAUAUGUCUAGCCAGGACAAAAUCGUGAUUUCUCAGGAUGAGGUGAUCACCAACAACGGGGACGCCAAGUGGCUGCCGUACGAGACUCGCAACAUCACGAUCUUCCGACAGACAUCCACCCACCUUCAGAUGGCCACCACCUUUGGGCUGGAGCUGGUGGUACAGCUACAGCCCGUGUUCCAGGUGUACAUUACCGUCGGGCCCCAGUUCAGAGACCAGACGAGAGGACUCUGUGGCACCUUCAAUGGGGACACCAUGGAUGACUUCAUGAGCAGCACGGGCAUUGUGGAGGGUACUGCAGCGCUCUUUGUGGACUCCUGGCGGGCAGGCAACUGCCCAACUGCGCUUGAGCGUGAGACGGACCCCUGCUCCAUGAGCCAGCUCAACAAGGUAUGCGCGGAGACCCACUGCUCGGUCCUGGUGAAGAAGGGCACGGUGUUUGAGGAGUGCCAUGCCACAGUGAACCCCAAACCCUUCUACAAGAGGUGUGUGUACCAAGCCUGUAACUACGAGGAGACGUUCCCGUACAUCUGUGCCGCCCUGAGUGACUACGCCCGUGCCUGUGCCUCAUGGGGUGUCCCGCUCUGGGGCUGGAGAAGCAGCGUGGACAACUGCACCAUCCCCUGCACGGGCAACCAGACGUUCAGCUAUGACAGCCAGGCCUGCGGCCGCACGUGCCUCUCACUCUCUGACCGGACGGCUGAGUGCCACCCCAGUGCCGUGCCCUUGGACGGCUGCAACUGCCCUGAGGGCACCUACCUGAACCACAAGGCUGAGUGUGUGCGCAAGGCCCAAUGCCCCUGCCUCCUGGACAACCACAAACUCAUUCUGGCCGACCAGUCGACCAUGGUCAAUGGCAUCACCUGCCACUGCAUCAAUGGGCGGCUGAACUGCCCAGGGCGGCCACUGAUGCUCUUGGCAUCCUGCCCUGACCCCAAGAUAUUCCAGUCCUGCAGCCAGUCCUCGGAGACCAAGUUUGGGGCAGCCUGUGCCCCCACAUGUCAGAUGCUGGCCACCGGCAUCCCCUGCGUGCCCACCAAGUGUGAGCCCGGCUGUGUCUGUGCCAAGGGACUUUACGAGAAUGCCCAAGGGCAGUGCGUGCCCCCCGAGGAGUGCCCGUGUGAGUUUGCAGGCAUCUCCUACCCCCAGGGCGCCAAGCUCCACACGGACUGUAAGGCCUGCACCUGCUCACGGGGGAAGUGGUCGUGCCAGCAGAGUGCCCGCUGCACAUCCACCUGUACCCUGUACGGGGAGGGCCACGUGCUCACCUUUGACGGCCAGCGCUUCGCGUUCAAUGGCAACUGCGAGUACAUCCUGGCCACAGACGGCUGCAGCGCCAAUGACUCACAGCCGGCCUUCAAGAUCCUAACAGAAAAUGUGGUUUGCGGGAAGCUGGGUGUCACCUGCUCCCGGGCCAUCAAGAUCUUCCUGGGGGACCUGUCCAUCGUGCUGGCAGACAGGAACUACACUGUGAGUGGGGCGGACCCCCACGUGCACUUCCAAGUGAAGGCCGGUUCCCUGCACCUGGUGCUGGACAUCACCAUCGGCAAUGGCUACAACCUGACACUUGUCUGGAACAAGCACAUGACUGUCUUCAUUGAGAUUGCACAUGCUGCCCAGGGUGCACUCUGCGGGCUGUGCGGCAACUACAAUGGGAACAUGAAGGACGACUUUGAGACGCGGAGCAAAUACGUGGCGUCCAAUGAGCUGGAGUUCGUGAACUCCUGGAAGGAGAGCCCACUGUGUGGGGAUGCCAGCUUCGAGCUGGACCCCUGCAGCGCCAAUGCCUUCCGCCGCUCCUGGGCCGAGCGCAAGUGUGGCAUCAUCAACAGCCAGACCUUCGCAGCCUGCCACAGCCAGGUGUACCGCCUGCCCUACUAUGAGGCGUGCGUGCGCGAUGCCUGUGGGUGCGACACCGGUGGGGACUGUGAGUGCCUGUGUGAUGCCGUGGCCGCCUACGCCAAGGCCUGCCUGGACAAGGGCGUGUGUGUGGACUGGAGGGCCCCGGAUUUCUGCCCCAUCUACUGCGGCUUCUACAACACCCACACGCAGGCAGGGGACACCAAGGACCAGCACACCCAGGCGGCCGACUGUACAUGGCACUACCAGCCCUGCCUGUGCCCUGGGCGGCCACAGAGCGUGCCGGGCACCAACAUCGAAGGCUGCUACAACUGUUCCCAGGAUGAGUACUUCGACCAGGACGAGGGCCUGUGUGUGCCGUGCCUGCCACCGCUCACCACACCGCCACCCAGCACAGGCUCACCCUCCACAGAAGCCAAGCCCACUACGGCCACCCUGAGCACCACGGCAACACACAGGACCACUGGGCUUCUCAGUUCCCCUGGACCCUCUGCAAGUUCCCCACUGACAACUGUGGCCCCCACCCUUCCAGCCACAACCAUGGGCCCCUCCUCCACACAGGCAGGGACAGCCAUGACCACCCAGACUGAACAAACGGUCUCCUCAGGAGGUAACACGGCCAGGACCUCCAGUUCCCCCAUCACGCACCUCUCCGCACCCGUCAGCUCCGGAACCGUGCCCACCCCCCACACCACCCUCUCCCCAAAGCCCACCUCGACAGGAACGGCCACCCCCGCCACUCACACUGCCACCGCCACGCCAGCCAGGCCGCACACGCGCUUCACCACGCAGCCGGCCCACACGCCUUCUGUCUCCUCCGCCUCCCACUCCACGGGCACGUCCUUUCGCACCACCACCUCCGUCCCCUCUCCUGCUCACCGUGAGACCACCUCCAUGCCCACCCCUCCUCUCAGCUUGCUCACUGGCAGCUCCAGUGUCUCCCUUCCUCUUACUGGCUCACAUACUGGUUCUUUGUCUACCUUGUCCACUUCCUCCUCCGCUAGUGGCUCCCUCUCACCUCUUCUCUCUCCCACUGCUUUGCCCUCUUCUCUGCCCACCACAUCCCCUUCCCAUGUCUCCUCUUAUACACCCCAUGUCCCCACCUCUAGUACAGUGGGUCAUCUGUCCCCUAUCCCAACCACGUCCAGAUCUUUGCCCGUCCCUACUGUAUCCUCUCCGUCCACCUCCCAGUAUACAUCUUUUACGACUCGAGUUCCCACACCUGGCCUCAUGUCAUCCACUCUGGGGGUGACGACCAUCCGAAGUUCGUCAGCCACACACCUCACCAGCAGGCCGCCUGGAAGUCCAGGGCUGCUGACCACUGCUGUGCUGAUCAGCUCUGUCCCUGGGCAUGCAAGUUCUUCCCUUUCCACUGCAGUGUCCUUUUCCACCAGAGGCUCCCCAACGCCGUCUCUCAUCACAUCUCUGUCCAGCUCCCCAGGUUCUGAGCCCAGUAGACCAGAGACACCUAUGCCCACAGGAAUAUGCAGCGUGAGAGAGUUUGAGGAGGAGGUCACUUACCAGGGGUGCACAGCCAAUGUGACACUGACGCGCUGCGAGGGCACCUGUGCCUCCUCCACCAGCUUCAACAUCAACACCAACCAAGUGGACACACACUGUGGCUGCUGCUACCCCGUCAGCUCCUAUGAGAAACAGCUGGUGCUGCCCUGCCCAGACCCCAAAGUGCAGGGACAGCAGCUUGUGCUCCCCCUGCUGGUGUUCAGCAGCUGCGCAUGCAGCCCCCAGCACUGUGGAGACUAGUGGGCAGAGCCCCAGUCCCCCAGCUUGCUGUGCUCAGCAGCCCACUUCCUGGCCACAAGUCACAGCCUGGAAGAGCCCUCAGACACGGCUCACUUGGAUGCCUGAGGGAAAGGGGCUUCCAGGCAGUUCCUGCCCCAGCCCAGCAGGCUGCAAGAACAGCCAGCUUGGGCCACACGGGGCACAUCCUGGCCGUGCCCAUCAGCCACCCACACAGUGUCCCAGCCUUUGGAAGCAGCCACCUAGCCCUGAUGGAGCGGGAUCCUGGAAACAGCCCAAGGAGCAAACCCUGCGGCGGGGGUGCCUGGGGACAGGGGUCACAGCAGGGCAGGCAGCACAAGGGAGGGAAGGUGGCAGAAGGGCAAACACAGGCAUUGUGCACGACAAGGCCGCCCAGAACGGAUGACAAAUAAAGUGGCACUGGCACAGGCACAGAG